AUGGCGCCCGCAGCAACCGACCUUCUCGCCGCAUUCGUGCCCGGCACCAAAGCCUGGUUCGCCGACAAGGAGCUCGGCUGGAUCAGUGCGACGCUGGCCAAGCCGGUCACCAAGGCUGAGUCCGGAGAAAUCGCACUCCAUUUCGUCCUCGAUGACUCCGGCGUCACCAAGGUCGUCACCACCACAGAAGCCAAGCUGGCAGCAAAGGAUGGCGAAGAUCAGCUACCGCCUCUGCGCAACCCGCCACUCCUCGAGGCCACCGACGAUCUCACCAACCUCAGUUACCUCAAUGAGCCCUCGGUCUUGCACACCAUUCUCAACAGAUACUCGCAGCGCAUCAUCUACACGUAUUCGGGUAUCGUCCUCAUCGCAGUCAACCCCUUCUACGGUCUGAGCCUCUACAGCCCCGAGAUCAUCCAGGCCUACUCCGGCAGACGCAAGGGUGAGCUGGAGCCACAUCUCUUCGCCAUCGCCGAAGAUGCUUACCGAUGCAUGAUCCGCGACGAGAAGGACCAGACCAUCGUCGUCAGCGGUGAGUCCGGUGCCGGUAAAACGGUCUCGGCCAAGUUCAUCAUGCGCUACUUUGCCACUGUGGAGGACCCAGAUCGACCCGGCAGUCGCAAGGCUGGAGCCAAGGACACGGGCGGCAUGAGCGAGACCGAACAGCAGAUCCUCGCCACCAACCCUAUCAUGGAAGCUUUUGGUAACGCAAAGACUACCCGAAACGACAACUCUUCGCGUUUCGGAAAGUACCUCGAGAUCCUCUUUGAUAAGAGCCACGAGAUUGUCGGUGCCAAGAUGCGCACCUAUCUGCUCGAGCGAUCGCGUCUCGUCUACCAGCCAGAGACGGAACGAAACUACCACAUCUUCUACCAGCUCUGCGCAGGCACGCCUUCAUCAGAGAAGAAAGAUCUGGGCCUCGAAGACGCCUCCAAGUUCUUUUAUCUCAACCAGGGUGGUGCCGGCAGUCACAUCAUCAAUGGCGUCAACGAUGCUGAGGACUUCAAGGCGACACAAAAGGCGCUCAGCACCGUCGGCAUCACCAUCGAACGUCAGUGGAACAUCUUCCGUCUCUUGGCGGCGCUUUUGCAUCUCGGAAACGUCAACAUCACCGCUGCACGAAAUGAUGCCGUCUUGUCCGAUGACGAGCCAAGCUUGUUCAUGGCAACCCGCAUGCUCGGCAUCGAUUCGUCCGAGUUCCGCAGGUGGACCGUCAAGAGGCAGCUCCAGACACGAGGCGAGAAGGUGAUUACCAACCUCACUCAGGCACAGGCCAUCGUGGUGCGAGACUCGGUCUCGAAGUUCGUCUACACCUGCCUCUUCGACUGGCUCGUUGACCAGAUGAACCGAUCGCUGGCUCUGGGCUCCUCCAAGUCGCGCGAGUCCAUGAUCGGCGUCCUCGAUAUCUACGGUUUCGAGCGAUUCAAGGUCAACUCGUACGAGCAGUUCUGCAUCAACUACGCCAACGAGCGUCUCCAGCACGAAUUCAACCACCACGUCUUCAAGCUCGAGCAGGAAGAGUACCUGCAGGAGCAGAUUUCGUGGACCUUCAUCGACUUCUCCGACAAUCAGCCCACCAUCGAUAUGAUCGAGAGCAAGCUUGGUAUCCUCUCUUUGCUCGACGAAGAGUCGCGCCUUCCUUCCGGCUCGGACGAGUCAUUCGUGCAAAAGCUCUAUACGCAGAUGGACCGACGUCCCGAGUUCAAAAACUCGUUCAAGAAACCUCGCUUUGGCACCACCGGCUUCACCGUCUGCCAUUACGCCCUCGACGUCGAGUACUCGAGCGCAGGCUUUGUCGAAAAGAAUAAGGACGCAGUUCCCGAUGAGCACCUCAACCUGCUCAACAACACCAGCAACCCCUUCCUCAAAGAGGUUCUUGAUACCGCCCUCAACCUGCACAAGUCGGACGAGUCGUCCAAUGAUGCACCCGCCGACCCCGCAGCAGCCAAGCCAGCGCCAAGGAAGCUGCCCGGUGCCAGCAUCAAGAAGCCCACUCUUGGUUCGCAGUUCAAGGCUUCGCUCGUCAGCCUCAUGGCCACCAUCGACAGCACCAACGUCCACUACAUUCGCUGCAUCAAGCCCAACGAAGCCAAGAAGGCCUGGGAAGUGGAGCCGCAGAACGUGCUCGGACAGCUCCGGGCCUGUGGUGUGCUCGAGACCAUCCGCAUCAGCUGUGCAGGCUACCCAUCCCGCUGGACCUUUGACGACUUUGCAGAGCGUUACUACAUGCUCGUCUCAUCGGAUCGCUGGAACAUGUCGGAUAUGGACAAGGUAAAGGCGCUGGCCACCCACAUCCUCACCACAACCAUCACGGAGCACGACAAGUAUCAGAUCGGUCUCACCAAGAUCUUCUUCCGCGCAGGCAUGCUCGCUCAAUUCGAACAGAGGCGUACCGAUCGAUUGAACGCAGUCACCAUUGUCAUCCAGAAGAACCUGCGACGACACGUCCAGCAAAAGAAGUACCAGGCGAUGCGCGUCAAUGCGGUCAAGCUUCAGUCCUGGUGGCGAAUGCGCAUGGCCAUGAAGUAUGUCAACGAUCUCCGCCAUGACACAGCUGCUACCAAGAUCCAAACAGUCGCUCGUGGCUUCUUGGCUCGCAAGCAAUACCAGACCACCCGCCAGGCAGUCAUCAAGAUUCAAAGCGUCGUCCGUGGUCGAGCCGUUCGGUCUACGUACAAGACCGCCAAGGUCGAAUUCUCCGCUACUCGACUGCAAGCCCUUCUCCGCGGUGCUCUGGCUCGCAGACAGUACCGCAAGGAGAAGCAAGGCGUCAUCCAUCUGCAAUCGUGCUACCGACGCCGACUCGCCAAGAAGGAGCUUGUGGCACGAAGGAACGAGGCCAAAUCCGUCUCGCACUUCAAGGAAGUCUCGUACAAGCUCGAGAACAAGGUGGUGGAGCUGACGCAGAACCUGCAGAAGCGCAUCAAGGACAACAAGGAGCUGUCGUCCAAGAUCAAGGCGCUCGAGACGCAGAUCCUCACAUGGCAGGGCAAGCACGAAGAAGUCGAGGGCAGAAAUCGUGGCCUUACUGAGGAGCUUGCCAAGCCUACUGUGGCCAUGGCCGAAUUCGAGGCGCUCGUGGCAGCCAAGAGGGAUCUCGAUGCCAAGCAAGAAGCGUCGCUGAAGCGCAUCGCCGAGCAGGACAAGCGCAUCAACGACCUGACUGCCGAGAUUGAGCGACAGGCCGACGAGUUGCAGGCCCGUUCCGAGGCUCUUAACGGCGCCACCAAGUCGAACGAGGACGACGUUGCCACCAUCAACUCGCUUCGAUCCGAGGUUGGGUCGUUGCGAGAGCAACUCAACCGUGCCAACGCUCUCAACACUUUGCAGAAGAACUCGGAGCGCAUCGAGAACGCCGCGCCACCCGUGUUCAACAUGUCGACAGGCAAGGAGAAUGGAUACGCGCCGGCCGGAAGCAAGCGUCGACCUCGUCGUCAUAGCGAGACUGGCCCAUGGAGCGAUGCACCCGCUGGUCGCGAUGAGCACGAGGAGGCCAUGAUGGCUGCGAAGCGAAGUGCAGCCACCGCCAACCGCCACGUCUCGGUGGCUUUCGGUCUCGAGGGUCACCAGCACCAAGGCUUUGGUCAUGGCUACGACGACGAUGUCGAAGACGAUCCGUCUGAGGAGAUCAUCCGCAUUCUCGAGAACGAGGAGCAGCUCGACGAGGACGUGCUCAACGGACUCAUUCGCUUCCUCAAAGUGCCUGCACCCAGUCUGCAGAACCCGCCUUCGCCCAAAGAGGUGCUCUUCCCGGCGCACCUCAUCUCGCUCGUCACCAACGAGAUGUGGAAGUACGGCCUGGUGCGCGAAUCGGAGCGCUUCCUGGCCAAUGUCAUGCAGACCAUCCAGCAGCACGUCAUGUCGUUCCAGGGCGAAGACGCCAUCAUCCCUGGCAUAUUCUGGCUCUCCAACGUCCACGAGGUCCUGUCAUUUGUCUGCAUCGCCGAGAGCGACAUGCUGCAGGGCAUCGGUCCCGGCGUCGACGGUGCCGCACGAUCGUUCGAGUGGGGCGACUACGAGCGACUGGUCACGAUUGUCAAGCACGACCUCGACUCGUUGGAGUACAACAUCUACCACACGUGGAUGCAGGAGGCCAAGAAGCGCCUGCACAAGAUGGUGAUCCCGGCGCUGGUCGAGUCCCAGUCGUUGCCUGGCUUUGUGACGAGCGACCACUCGGGCCGUCUGUUCAACCGCCUGCUGAACAACAGCUCGGCGCCGACGCACACGAUGGACGACAUUCUGGGCAUCUUGAACAAGGUGUGGAAGAGUCUCAAGAGCUACUAUGUCGAGCCGUCGGUGACGCAGCAGGUGGUGACGGAGCUGCUCAAGCUGAUUGGCGUGACGAGCUUCAACGACCUGCUGAUGCGACGCAACUUCUGCUCGUGGAAGCGCGCGAUGCAGAUCCAGUACAACAUCACGCGAAUCGAGGAAUGGUGCAAGUCGCACGACAUGCCGGAAGGCACGUUGCAGCUGGAGCACCUCAUGCAGGCGACCAAGCUGCUGCAGCUCAAGAAGGCGACGUUGGGCGAUAUCGACAUCAUCUACGAUGUGUGCUGGAUGUUGACGCCGACGCAAAUCCAGAAGCUCAUCUCGCACUACUACGUGGCGGAUUACGAGAACCCGAUCUCGCCCGAGAUCCUCAAGGCGGUGGCAUCGCGCGUGGUGCCCAACGACCGCAACGACCACCUGCUGCUGCCACCCGAGGUGGACGAGGCGGGACCGUACGAGCUCCCCUUGCCACGCGAAGUGACGGGCAUCGAGACGUACUGCCCCGCUUACAUUACGGUGCCUGCCAUUCGACGUCUGGCGAGCCGCGUGGCCUAG